GGUUUGUAAGAAUGCUUCCGGUUUAAACACCACACGUGAUUAUCCGCCAUGACAGUUGUCCUUGAAGGAAGUGCAUGGGCUCAUUGGUGCAAUGUCUGUGUCUAAGACGACUGGUGGGAAAUCUUUGGAUAUUUUGAAGAAUCUUCCUCGGGUUUCGUUAGCAAAUUUGCGUCCAAACCCUGGUGCUAAAAAAGAAGAAAGGAGACGGGGUAGAGGUGCCCAUGGCGGCGACAAGAGUGGCCGAGGUCACACGGGAGAGCGACAGCGGGGCAAUCGCCCGCGGCUGGGCUUCGAGGGAGGACAGACCCCUUUCUACCUGGCCAUUCCUAAAUACACUUACAACGAAGGGCACAGCCAGCGUCCCCAGUACCCCCCACUGACUCUGAGCCGACUGCAGUAUCUCAUUGAUCUGGGUCGAGUGGACACCACCCAGCCCAUUGAUCUGACCCAGUUGGUCAACUGCAGAGGAGUCACCAUCCAGCCACUGAAGAGACACUAUGGCAUCAAUCUUGUGGAGGAGGGGACUGAACAGUUCUGUGCUAAAGUGAAUAUUGAGGUCCAGAUCGCAUCUGAAGGAGCUAUAGCUGCCAUAGAGAGGAACGGUGGUGUCAUCACAACAGGCUACUACGACCCUAGAAGCCUAUCGGUCCUGGUAAAGCCUGUGCCAUUCUUCACGACCGGCCAACCCAUCCCUAGACGCAUGCUUCCCGGGGAGGAGCAGGUGAAGUACUACAUGGACCCCAGUAACCGUGGUUACCUGGCUGACCCCGAGCAGAUCCAGGAGGCUCGUUUGGCGCUGGCGCAGAAAUACGGUUACGUUCUUCCGGACCUUUCCAAAGAUGAACUGUGUGACAUGCUGGCCAUGAGGAAAGGGCCGCGGCAGAUUUUCUUUGGGUUGUCACCGGGGUGGGUUGUCAACAUGGCAGAGAAAAAAAUCCUUAAACCAAAAGAUGAGAAGUUGCUACAGUAUUACAAUGCUCAGUAGCACCACUCGACUCAGUCUUGCGGUCUGAUUAUGUAAAUAUGUGUUGUUGUUGAUAAUAUCAGAACCUGGCUACAUCA